CGCAGUCGAUUAGUUACUUGUAGGAGAAAUGUUGCAAAAGUGAAUGAAAGAUGCUGGACCUAUGUGUCACCUAUCAAGCUGUAUACCUAAGGAAAACAUCUGUCCUCUCAGUGCAGCUGAUAUGGUCCCCAAGAACAUGAGAUCAACUGUGGCUGUCGGAAGAUGACCGGUAACCGUGGUACAAUAGAAUUUCCCUGCGCAAGAGGACCAUGGCAAGUGGUGCAUGCUCUACUGGCAGACCUCAAAAACUUGUCUCAGGCUUUGCAGGGUGACCUGAAGGAGUUGUGUAAGGAACAUCAGACCAUUGUUGACAUAAGCAAUGGGUUAGGCGAUACAGAGGAGACUCACUGGGGGGAGUGUGCUCUGUAUGGAUUGGUCAAGUACCUAAAAAAACAAGCCAGUAAAGAGGAACGACGUUUGUUCCUCCAAUCCACUUUCCCCGCCAUCAUAGACCUGGCUUUGGACCAUCCAAAUGUCAUACCACCACAGGGCAUUGCUUACAGUAAACAACAGAAGGCCAGUACCACAGUACUUAGUCGGAGGUGUGUUGCAUCGAUACUGGCCUGUGGAUUUCUCUGUCUGUUUGAAGAGCGAGGCAAACCUUGGAUAACACACCAAUUAACCAAUGUCAUUAAUUUCACCAAUAUUUUCAAAAAUCUUCAAAUGGCAUCCCAGAUCGCCAAGCUUCGAUGCCUACUCAACUACUUUGAGCAAGUGGCAGAAAGAGGAAAGAACUUGACAGGAAAUGUUACCUACGUACGACAGGUCAUAACAAGAGAAGAAAUGCCAACAAUGGAUUCUUGGUUAAACUGUGAUCAAAGGCUUUGUCCACUGCGGGUGUAUGAGGACGGUGUUAUAGAAGAUGCAGGCUGUGAAGCAGUAGAGGUUGACUUUGCCAACAAAUACAUAGGAGGUGGUGUUUUAGGAAGGGGUCGUGUCCAGGAGGAGAUUCGGUUUACUGUGUGUCCUGAAAUGAUUGCAUCCAUGCUGUUCAUGGAGUGUAUGGAGGAGAAUGAAGCCAUUAUCAUCAAGGGGUACGAGCAGUUCUCUGCCACCCAGGGGUAUGCUGGAAGUCUGCUGUAUGUGGGGCCACACUCGGACCCUGUCAGGAGAGACGAGAAUGGAGAUCUGAUGAGUACCCUGUGUGCCAUUGAUGCUGUUUCCUACAGGAACAACCAGCGAGAACAGUACAGCGACUACAUGUGUGUGAGGGAUCUCAACAAGGCCUAUGUGGGGUUCAGUGCCAGAUGUCUAAGAGGCCUGACACCACCCCGGGAAACUGGUGGACAGGCUGAACUUGAUUCACCCUCGGACGACAAAGCAAGCACCCCAACAGAUGAGGAGUACCUCACAGCCACUGACGAGGAAGGGGAGGAUCACGGCGACCCCUAUUUGAAUACAGUUUCCAAAUUUGCCGAGGGUCUCCUAGUUGAUAUACUUUCCUCAGCAUUACUUGAGGCUUCAAGUCAUAUGAAAGGUCAAGGUCAUGAAUAUCAUGAAUGCCAAGGUCAAGAUGCCCAGCAGACACAGCAAAUUAGUAAUGACUCUAUUUCUGUCAAGUUUGAAGGAGCGUCCGUUAAGUCUGAUGAUGAUGUUCCACAGGAAGGCAGGGAAAACUUAGAUGUGGACCUCUCUGAUUGGGUAUCUAGAUUUAGGAGGCGGAGCUCCAAUUUGAGUGACAUUGGCUCACGCAGGAGUAGUACCGCUAGUACAAGACACAGCUCAGAAUUCAGUUCUGAAUUUGAAGAAUUUUAUGAAAACUUUCAAAAACGUGAACAACCAGUCAUCCAUAAAACCAUAAAAGAAGAAAACUUUAUAGAUAUAAAUGAAUUUGCUGUCAAUUUAGCUGCAAAACUUUUGCAUGAGGGAACCUUUUUGGCAGCUCAUAUUAAAAAACCAGGCAUUCAAAACUUCCAUUCUGAUGCUCCAGACAAAUCAAUGAUGAAACCUAAAGCAAGAAAGAAAUCGGAGGAGAAUACAGACAGUGAUAAUAGUGGAGUGGACAGUGAUGUCUGUGACUCACAACCAACUCAAACCAACCAACAUUCCAUUGAACAGCCUAGCAAGAGGCUUCAACCCUCAGAGACAAAAUGUGAUAUUUCAGAAGCUGCUGCAAGAAGAUUUGCAGACAGUUUUAUCAGGACACUUUUUCCAUUCCCAGAACAGAUUACCAGAGAUUCCGACAAGCCAAGCUGUGAUGAGGAAGUGAAUGUCGGGGCAUCGGGUAGCACUGGAGAUACUAGUCUAAAUGUGACUGUGGCUGGUAGGCUAGAGUCCAGUGCUACAUCAGAAUUAUAUACUGUGUACACAUCUGAUCUCUUAAAACAAGACAUUUUAACUGAACAAAACAAAAGAAAGAAAAAUGUUAACCUUAAGUCAAAAGACUCUGCGAGAUCCUCACGCGAAAGAACGAGAGAAAUGAAGAUGAUGGCCACAGAUUUUGUUCAUGGGGUUGUGAUUGGAGCACUUCAAAAGUACUCUGAAGAAAUAGACAGUGAUCUCAGUAUUCAGGAUAUAGACCAUGAUACAUUUGAUGAUAGCGAUUUGGAUGACAAUGUGACAGGACAGGAUGAAGAGAGUGUUUAUGAGUGUGAUAGUGAGGGUAAUGCAGGUAAAAUAUCGUUGUUGGAGCAUCCGUCUGUUGUUGAACAUGUAGUUGAUAGUUAUGAAAAAGUUGUUGACAGUUCUAAUAGUGUUUUCUCCCUUGGAGAGAGUGCUAGUGUCUUUGAUGCACGGAAUCAGGAACAAAGACUGUUAGAUGGGCAUGAACAGGUUGCUGAAACUUCCAUUCACAGUUGUGAUACACCAGCUACUGUGGCUGAUAUUGCCCUUGAGGUUGAGAACUCUGACGAAAGUUGUAGAAUACCACAGGUCAUGGUCACUGACGAAAGCAGACGUGAACAAAUGACAGAAGAACUUUAUUUAAAUGUUGCGGAAAGGAUUGUACAGGACCAAGUUGCAAAUGCACUGUUAGGUAUGGCCUCCCUUAGUCAUGAAAGUCAGUCGAAUGACAACGGUGUUAAACCAAAAACUGAAAGAGUUCCAAGGAAAGGAAAGUUAAAACCAAAAACCAAGUCAUCUGACAAUGAACUGGAGCCGCCCCGAAACAAAUACUGUGGUCAUAGCAGCAACAGUAGUGGGAGUUGUCUGUCCUUGUCUCGUGAUAACCACCGUGAACCACAUGGGGAGGAGAAAGAACCACGGAAGGUGACAUUCUUUGCCUCCUCCCUUUCUAGGGAUCUCCUAACUAAUGCCUUCGUGGAAGUUCAGCGAAAUAUGAAUGGUGGUAACAUCUUUCGCCGGAGUAGUGAACCUUUAAAAAUUUCCAAUCAUGCAGCGAAAUGCCUGAUCGAGAAUUCCACCAAUGGGACCAAUGGUAGGGGAGAGAAACACAUGAGCUUGACGGAUGAAGAUGUUGGCAGGUUUGCACAGGAACUCAAUAGGUGGGGAUCCCUUGAGGAGUUCAGAGCACAGCUUCGUCGGGGCUCCUGUGGGUUUAGGGACCCAACUCUUUCUCGGUUUGCAGAGCAGCUGAUGAAGAGCGACUGUAAAAUUCCCGACUUCCAUCUCCUUGAAUCCAGCAACUGGAGCACGAGUGGUGAUUCCUCGGUCUCCUUUGUCAGCAAUGUAAGUGGCUUCAAAGAUGCAGUCUUGGCUGGAUUUGAGGAGGAAUUACUCACUGCAACCUGUAGCAAAGCCACUGUCCGAAGUCCAAAGUACACAAGGUUUGUGUGCAACAAGAUGAUUCCAAAAUUAGUUAGACAGAAAAGCCUUGUAAAGGAGAAAGAUAACGGAAUAGUAGAUCAAGUGGACACAGCCUUUGCUUUGAACGGAACCAGAGGUAAAUCUUUUGACAGUGAAAUAUCUGGUUUAUCCUGGGAGUCAUUUCAGUCUUCAGCAAGUUAUAGUAGCGACGAGUUCUCAAAUUUCGUCGAUAGGUUAGCUGAAAGAAUUGUGCAAGAAUCUUUUGAGACUCUUUUCCACAUACAACCGGAGCCAGAACUUUGUCAGUCUGAUACAGAAUCGGAAACUGACGAUCCUUGUAUUCACGACUUUGCCAACAAUAUGGCUAAUGACAUACUUUUACAGUCUCUUGUGAGCCUUACCAAUAGCUAUGCUACGUAUAGGAAGGAAAAGAAACGACUUUCUGAUGCCAACACGUCCACAAGCAGUGAUUCUGUGUCAGAGGUGGAAUCAAGGACUUCCACAGAUGCCGUGAGUGUUUCGAGUGUUCAGCGAAGCGUGUCUGAUGAUUACACUGAUGCACUGGACAUACCAUUCCGUCAACUUGAGAAUUAUGCAGAGGAACUGGCAGCAAGUGUACUUCAACAUUCUGUCAAUGUUUACCAACGAGAACUAGACAGUGAGAAGAAGAGGGUGUAUGGCCGUCCACUAUCCACUGGGAACUGGGGGUGUGGUGCAUUCCGUGGUGAUUGUCACCUAAAGUCCAUGCUACAGUGGAUGGCAGCCUCGUAUGCAGGGGUACCCAACAUAUUCUACUACACCUUCCAGCACCCAGAUCUUGAUCAGUUACAAGAUGUUAUUGACUCGAUCAUAAAGCGUGGCUGGAAGGUGGGACAGUUGAUGGAGGCCAUACGCUGCUACUGUGUAACUCUCCGAGAUAUGAAGGAGUCAGAUGUCGAAAGGCCACCAAAUCUAUUCCAGCUGCUUCUGUCAGAUGAUGCCUUCCUAGAUAUCAAUUGAUCAUGAAUACUCCAUGAGGGACAAUCCCAUUGGCUGUGUAUUGUUUCUGCCUGUAGCAACAUUGCAUUACCAAGUAUGGUGUAGCUUGUCAAACUAGCAACUUUGUUAUGUUUAUGUCAGGACUGAAUGAGGUCAAAGUUCAACAAUAGUAAAAUGUGAGAUAUUCAGCUGCAAAUGCUUAUUCAGGAUUGUGAAUGUUUGAUAUUUUUUCUAGCAAGUAUAAAUACGGGUCCUCUGAAACUGUUAUGAAAAAUAGCAAAAGGUCAAUGUUCAACACAUCUUUCUAUAGUCAGUUACCUGUACAAAUGUAUCAGAAGUCAGUUUAUAUUUGAUCCAUAAACACGAAACUGAAAACCAACGUAAUAUUGACUGAAGAAUUGAAGCAAAGAAAUGAAAGUGCCAAACAAAAGCACAGAACAAAUAGAUGUUUCACUAAACAUAUGUUAUUGAACACACAUUCAGUUGCUAACCUAGAUGGGUGAUAGAACUUUCGCCUGGAAAGUUUUAAAAGAAAAGGAGAAGUUUAAUAGUAUUUUGUCAAUAUUUAUAACCAUUAAGUAUAAGUGCCAUUUAUAUUUGCUUACUGUACUGCAAAAAAGUUGUUUCCUCUGUAUAUUUUCGAUAAUUGAAUCAUUAACCUAAUUAGGUAUCCUAUCAUUCACACAAUAUCAACCAUGUUGCACUGAAAAAUUCAAAAACCUAGGCAAGACACAAAUCUUUCAACUGGAUUGGUGAAAAGAAAGAUUUAUCAUUUAUUAAUAUGACAUAAAACUUGUGUACAUGUUAUCACAAUCACCACAAUUUUUUAUUAUUAUAUUU